AUAAUGUGAGGCUCGUUGAACUGUUGAAGUCACGAUCUGAAUGGAUGACCCAAACAAAACCUGUAAAAAAAGGAAACUUCAAUGACCAAAGUAGAAAUUUUUACUUCCAUCUUUAUUUUUCCACAUUCCAACAAACAAAAUCAAAUUACCCAAUUUCAAAUCAAACAAACAAACAAAAACUAAAUUAAAAAAAAAAAACAACAAUUUCUUCGUAAAUUGUAGCAUCACCAAGCCAGACUCGGUGUGACUUUCUUCCCCAAUUUCUUCAAUUUUCAUCCUCAUUUUCAACGAUCCCAAAAAUCACCAUUUUUAUCUUCUUCAAAGAUCUCUGCAAAUUUACCCAGAUCAUAAUUUAUCAGUUUUAGCUCAAAUUUCUUGAAACCCAUCAUUGUUUGUUAAUGGUGGGGGUCGGAGAAAUGAAGAAGUUAAGAAACUACUACUUAAAUCUCAGACACCCACAUCACCAAACCUCCAUUAUUACAACAAUGGAGGGUCGAAGAAGAUGGAUCUUUCCACUUGCAAUCGGUUCAAUUAUUACCCUUUUUCUCCUCUUUCUAACAACCCUAACAACAUCUCCUACUUCCCCUCUUUUCUCUUUGUCAUUUUACAGGUAUUCGUACUCACCUUCUUCAUCUGUUUUUGUCGAAUCCAAGCUUCACCCUGUUUCUAUUUCGCCAUUGUCAACCCAUACACCGCGGUUCGCUUACCUCGUUUCGGGUUCUGCCGGUGAUGGGAAGUCCUUACAGAGGACUCUUCUUGCACUCUAUCACCCUCAUAAUCAGUAUGUUGUUCACUUGGAUUUGGAGGCUUCAUCUGAUGAGAGGCUUGAUUUGAGGAAUUUUGUUAAGGAUCAUCCAAUUUUUAAGCAAUUCAACAAUGUUAGGAUGAUUACUAAGGCCAAUUUGGUUACUUAUCGCGGUCCGACUAUGGUGGCGAAUACCCUUCAUGCUGCUGCUAUUUUGUUGAGGGAAGGUGGUCAUUGGGAUUGGUUUAUUAAUCUUAGUGCCUCUGAUUAUCCUCUGGUUACUCAGGAUGAUCUGUUGCACACAUUUUCGCAUUUGCCUCGUGACCUGAAUUUCAUUGAUCAUACAAGCAACAUUGGCUGGAAAGAGUUUCAAAGAGCAAAACCAAUCAUUAUAGAUCCAGGGUUCUAUCAGACGAAAAAAGCUGAUGUUUUUUGGGUGACUCAACGGAGAAGUGUGCCAACAGCUUUCAAACUCUUCACAGGUUCUGCUUGGAUGGCUCUUUCUCGCCCUUUUGUUGACUACUGCAUUUGGGGAUGGGACAAUCUACCUCGAACUGUUCUCAUGUACUAUGCAAAUUUCAUUUCCUCUCCAGAAGGCUAUUUCCAUACUGUCAUCUGUAACGCACAGGAGUUUCGAAACACAACUGUUAAUACUGAUCUACAUUUCAUAUCUUGGGACAAUCCGCCCAAACAACAUCCUCACUAUCUCACUGCUGAGGACAUGUCAAGAAUGGUCCAAAGUAAUGCUCCUUUUGCUAGAAAGUUCCAUCGUAAUGAUCCUGUGCUUGACAAGGUUGACUCUGAGCUGCUCUCUCGAGGUCCAGGGAUGAUUGUCCCUGGUGGUUGGUGCAUUGGGAACGCAGAAAAUGGGUCUGACCCAUGUUUAUUGGCAGGAAAUACAACGUUCCUCAGACCAACAUCAGGUGCCAAAAGGGUAGAAACACUAAUUAGUUCACUGAUGUCAGCUGACAAAUUCAGGCAAAAUCAGUGCAAGUGAUGAGCUCCAUCUGACGGGACCAAUUGUUGUAUCAAUUGUAUCAUUAAUUUCAGAAGGAAGCACUGAAGCAGUCAGUAAAUUUCACAUACUGAGAAGAUGAUGGAGGAUCGAAAAUCAUCGCUAUGUUUCUACUGGAAAUCAGAGGUAUCAUACUAGUCACGCUUCAACAUGGUGUAUACAUAAUUUCGCUUGUAAUAUGAGGGUGCUGCCCAUUUUUUCACAUUAUAUACUGAACUUGCAAAGUAGCUGUGUAGAAUUAGAAUGGCGCGGGUAGUUUGUUACGUGCUCACACUUAGAAGCUUUUGUGAAAAGGAAUCCUCGCCUAAAGAGGAUGAAUAGGAAAAAGAUCUAGAAUUGCUUCAAUGUUUGUAUCUAUGGAUUUGCAUUUUACCACUCCACUUGUUUAUUGUGACUGGACUAUGCAUCCUGGGUAUGAACCUUUGAUGAGUCUCAGAUCCAAAGUUAUGCUGUAAUUUUCUUUGUAAUCGACUCUAAUAUAUAAUGUUUGUAUCUAUAGCUCUGGAUUCUACUUCACUUUUUCUGAAUGUCAA